AUUCGAUAUUCGAUUCUCUUGAGGACAAGUUACAGGAGGUUUUUGGCUACUGAUAUACGGCAGGGGCUAUAUAUCUGUUACACUGGUUUCUUAUAUCUGCUGUAUUUCUACUGCGGCCUGAGAACUUGGACGUUCUCGCAAAGCCCCAGAGUAAUCACCAGCACUUGACGAUUAACGAUGUCACGUCCUAUGCGCUACGCGGCAUCUCAAAUGCAGCGACCGUCGUCUAGCCUUCUACAUUACUCCACAAGACGAGCUGCGCGUCCUUUCCUUUACAGUCAGACUAGACCCCGCCCCUAUGGAGGUUUCGAGAGCAGCAACUACCGGCGGAUCGCCGCCAUGACAUCAGGAGCGCGCGGAUUCUCUCUGUUUCCAGGGAAGAUCAUAGCGAAAAUGAUUCGCGUUCCUGCCGCUGCUGGUGGUGCCGUGGUUGCUGGGUUAGCAUACGUGAACUAUCAGGUUCAAGAAGCUGCCGGUUACACACAGAAGCAGAUCGACGCCGCCGCAGAGUGGAUCUCGGGAACAGCGAACAAUGUCAAAGAAGGGCUGGAAGGACUAUCAACUCCUGAGUGGUUCAACUCUCUUUUCAGCAGUGGGACCGAGGGAUCCUCAAAGUCAGCAUCAGAAGGAUCAGCUGAGGGAGCGAGAUCAGAUGGCAACUCUGGUGAAGAACCCAGCGGCGGCAGUGAAGGUGGGGGAGGUGGCGAGGAUACGGCCUUAGCAGCUGCUGGUACUGCUGCCGCGGUUUCGUCUAUGGGUGAUAGCACAGAUACCGACGAACGGAUAGCAGCUUCGACAUCUCAGAUGAUGCUCUUGACAAAGAAAAUGAUUGAGAUCCGCGGCAUUCUGCAAGAGAUCGCCAGUAGCGGCGCCGGAAGUUCGUCCUUGACCCGCUUACAGCUACCGUCUAUAGUUGUCAUCGGAUCGCAGAGCUCAGGAAAGUCUUCGGUUCUUGAGGCGAUCGUCGGACACGAAUUCUUACCAAAGGGCAACAACAUGGUGACCAGACGACCAAUUGAGCUCACACUUGUCAACUCGCCGGAUGCUGCUGCUGAAUACGGUGAAUUUCCAGCUCUGAAACUAGGAAAGAUCACCGACUUUAGCCAGAUUCAGCGAACCCUGACAGAUCUGAAUCUUGCGAUUCCUGACUCUGAGGCAGUCUCAUCUGAUCCUAUCCGACUCAAUAUCUAUUCACCUCACAUUCCAGAUUUGACGUUAAUUGAUCUGCCAGGAUAUAUUCAACUUGCUGCGGCAGAUCAACCGGAGAGUUUGAAAUCAAAGAUCUCUGCUCUGUGUGACAAGUACAUUGCAGCGCCGAAUAUUAUUCUCGCCAUUUCGGCAGCGGACGUUGAUCUUGCAAACUCGACCGCCUUGCGCGCCUCCCGUCGGGUCGAUCCCAGAGGUGAACGAACGAUCGGCGUCAUCACAAAAAUGGACUUGGUGGAUCCUAAGCGGGCACUUGAGAUUUUGCAAAAUAUAAAUUAUCCGUUGCAGAUGGGUUAUGUUGGAGUGAUUAGUCGCAUACCAACAUCGAGACCAUCGAACGGUCUGUUAUUCCGUUUGGGAAGCGGACGCGAAAGCACAGAUAUCGGUGCCGUGAUUGCUAGAAACGAGGAGGGCUAUUUCGAGAGUCAUCCCGAAUUCUCGCGAUUGCUGGAACAGAGCUCUACAUCCUUAUUAGCACCUGCUAGCACACUGGACAAAGAACAGCCGGCGUCUUUGGGAGUGAUCAAUCUGAGAAACAAGCUCAUGCGGACGCUUGAAAAGACGAUGGCGAAGAACCUGCAGCCGACAUGUGACGCCAUACACCAGGAGCUGGAAGAGACAGUAUACCAGUUCAAGGUCGAAUACAACGACCGGCCUCUCACUGCGGAAUCCUAUCUAGCGCAGUCUCUUGAUGCGUUCAAGUUGAGCUUCAAAGAGUUUGCCAGCAAAUUUGGAAGGGAACAGGUCAAGGCGCUGUUGAGGAGUGAGCUAGAUCAGCGGGUACUAGACCUGCUAGCACAGCGGUAUUGGAAUCGACUGGAGGAGUCGAAGGCGGUUGGUGAGCCUAGUACUGCCGGAUCGAUAAUCCGUGCGGUUUCAGAUCUGCCAAACGCGGGGAACAACGAUGUGUACUGGCUCAGACAGCUUGACGCAUGUGUCUCUAGCUUGACAAAGUCUGGCGUAGGACGAACAUCGACCACGCUUGUCUCCAAUGCUCUAUCGGGAGAGAUGGAACAUUUGCUCAACAGCGGAUCAUUCAAGAGCCACCCAUUUGUGAAGACAGUGAUCCAAGAUGCCACCAACGAGAUUCUGAACUCGCGGUUCUAUUCGACUGCCGAUCAAGUUGAAAACUGCAUAAAGCCGUACAAGUACGAGGUCGAAGUCGAGGACCGGGAAUGGAGCAGGAGCCGAGAGCAUGCGUUUGCGCUGCUGAAGGAGGAACUGAGGCAAUGCGAGCAUGCUUACGGUGCACUCCAGAAGAGCGUUGGAGGAAAUAAGAAGCUUAUGCAGGUCGAGUCCUUUGUGGAGAAGCAUAUGAAGGGUCAAGCUAAGGUUGAGGAGGCAAACGAAGUAUACGGGUUCAGCCAGGCUCUGCUGGAGAAAGGUCGCGAAGGUCUAUUCUUGAGCAAGCGUGCAGACAUAUUACGUUUGCGUAUGCAGGCUUUAAAGUCCAAGCAGUGCAGGUCGAAGGAAAACAAAUACUACUGCCCAGAGAUUUUUCUUGACGUGGUUGCCGACAAGCUGACGCAAACGGCGGUCUUGUUUCUGAACGUCGAGCUGCUCUCCGACUUUUACUAUCACCUUCCACGGGAACUCGAUUCGCGGGUAGGACACGGGUUGAGCGCUACACAGAUCGAGCAAUUCGCCCGAGAGGACUUGAAAGUGCGGAGGCACUUGGAGUUACAGGAGAAGAAGCAGAAGCUCGAGUUGGCGUCAGAGAAGAUCGAGGGCGUGAUUGCGAUGCAGAAGACGCGUCAUUGAACGGCGAGUCAUCAUUCGUUUAGCCACAGAUGCUGCAGUUGACAGGAAUGAUUUAUAUGCUGUCUGAUUUUAUUUGUCAGAUUGAAAUACAACUCCAAUUAUCUAUGACGGGGUUUCCCUCGAUGUCUUACUAAAGCAAAAGCCGAGGAAAGUAGCAGUAGACGAGUCCAGAAUGGGGUAAGCUGGGGAUGAUAGAGUUUAGCGUUUAAACUAUUAAUUCCAGAAUUAGUCAUUUACUGUUAUCUUCGACAACGAGCGCCGACUUUUGACGAUGAAUGCAAGCAAAGAAGUCUGAGAAGAAGAGCAUACAGCUGUCAGCAGAUUAGACAGCUGUCUGUUGCGUAUCAAAAGACACGGCCUCGGUACAAUCAGUCGUCACCUGCUAAGCAGCCGCGCGUGAAAACAGGACGCGUGGGCAAAGUAAAUAAACCAGCGCAGUGCUUAGUUAUCAAUAAA